AGCCAUGUUCAGUUCGAGCACCAAGAUCGUGGAGCCCAGUGGCGAGAAGCCAGAUGAGUUUGAGUCUGGCAUCUCCCAGGCUCUUCUGGAGCUGGAGGUGAACUCAGACCUCAAGGCUCAGCUCAGGGAGCUGAAUAUUACAGCAGCUAAGGAAAUUGAAGUUGGUGGUGGCCGGAAAGCUAUCGUAAUCUUCGUUCCCGUUCUUCAACUAAAAUCUUUCCAGAAAAUCCAAGUCUGGCUAGUACGCAAGUCGGAGAAAAAGUUCAGUGGGAAGCAUGUUAUCUUUAUCGCUCAGAGGAGAAUUCAGCCUAAGCCAACUCGAAAACACCAUACAAAAAAUAAGCAAAAGCAUCCCAGGAGCCGUACUCUGACAGCUGUGCACCAUGCAAUCCUCGAGGACCUGCUCUUCCCAAGAGAAAUUGUGGGCAAGAGAAUCUGCGUGAAACUGGAUGGCAGCCGGCUCAUAAAGGUUCAUUUGGACAAAGCACAGCAGAACUAUGUGGAACACAAGGUUGAAACUUUUUCUGGUGUCUAUAAGAAGCUCACGGGCAAGGAUAUUAAUUCUGAAUUCCUAGUUUCAAUUGAGUUUGGGGGCAGCUCACAGAGGUGGACACAGCCAGGAACAGUGAAGGGGCUGUUCAUGGUGUCUGGGGAGACGGUGGCAGCUGCUGUGGCACCUGAACGAGUGUCCUUCCUGGUGGUCUGGUGUUGGGGGCUGAUGGGGUGGACAGCAGCUCAUCUCUUGGAGGCCCUGCCAAAGUUGGGCUCCCGGCAGGGAGAGGAGCAUCUCUUCUUAAGAUAUUUGCAGAUUUAUACACGGAACUUCCCACACAUCUGGAUGAGGAUAGACGACGUUCCCCCUGGAGGAAAGAGUUAA